AAAAAAAAAACAUCCCCGGCGCGUGCUUUUGUUUUGGACUUGUUAUUGACUUUCUCGCCCUCAGAGGACGUGAAUUAAAGCUCAUCUCAGUGAAACUCCCGAUGGGCGAACCUGCUGGACGCCUCGCGCCCGCUCCCCGCUCCGAAAACCCGCAGAAAGAGCGGAAGUUUCCCCCCGAAGAAGAAGAAGGGUCGUGGUCCGUGGAGAGCCGCUGCACGAGCCUCAGGAGGUCUCUGCGUCGAGGCGGCUCCUGCUCCUUCCUGACCCCCGGGCCUCGCUGGGACUCCAGCCCGAAGCGGAAGCGGCGAGCGAAGGAUGAGUGCGACGCCGUCAGCCUCUGCAGCUUCGACUUCAAGGCCCCGUCUUGCCUCCAGAUCCGCCGGAGUGUGUUCCUGUCAAACUGUUCGGUGUCGUCACGACCAGAGUUUCCCCGGAAAAUGACGUUCAGCACGAUUGAGCAACAACUGAGUGGGGGGGCAGGCAGGCCCGGCCACGCCGCCAUCAGCACCCAGACGCAGCUGAUUCAGCCCCGGGUCUCCCCCCCCGGCGGCUGA